GCUACCAGUGGCUAACUAACUAUGCCGUUAUCCUCCUCCCUCUCCCUCCUCCCGCUCCGCCGCGCUCCUCUCCCGCUCCCGCUCCCGCCAACUUCAAAUUACCCGCCACCACCGCCGCCGCGUCGCUCUCGCAUCCUCCUCCCGCCGCCGCCCAAGCGCCGCGGCGCCAAGCGCGCCUCCGGCUCCCGGCCGCGUGCCGUAGCGGCCGAAACCGGAAUGGCGGCGCCGGCACCCACGCUGCUCGAGUACAUGGGCCAGGCCGGCACGGCCGACGACCUCGUCGUCCUCGUGGCCCACAUCCAGAGCGCGUGCAAGCGCAUCGCCGCCCUCGUGGCGUCGCCCGGGAACGCGGAGCUGUCGCGGGCGAAGGCGGGGGGCGGUGCGGUGGCGGCCGGCCGCGAUGCGCCCAAGCCGCUCGACGAAUUGUCGAAUGAGAUCAUCUUGUCUUCGCUCCAAAGAUCUGGAAAGGUUGCAGUGAUGGCGUCUGAAGAAAAUGAUCUCCCCAUUUUGGUUUCCAAUGAAGGGCCGUAUGUUGUUGUUACGGAUCCGCUUGAUGGUUCUCGCAACAUUGAGGUCUCCAUCCCCACUGGAACAAUAUUUGGGAUAUACAAUAGGCUGGUAGAGCUUGACCAUCUACCCGAAGAGGAGAGAGCUCAGCUCAAUUCAUUGCAAAGUGGAACUCACCUUGUUGCUUCAGGGUAUGUCCUGUAUUCAUCUGCCACCAUAUUCUGUAUCAGCUUUGGUGCAGGUACCCAUGGUUUCACAUUGGAUCACUCAACUGGAGAAUUUGUUCUAACCCAUCCUUCCAUCCAAAUACCCCCUAGAGGUCAGAUAUACUCAGUGAAUGAUGCGCGAUAUUUUGACUGGCCUGAGGGACUAAGAAAGUACAUUGAUACAAUCAGACAAGGCAAGGGACAGCAUCCGAAGAAGUACUCGGCACGGUAUGUGUGCUCCCUGGUUGCUGAUUUCCACCGGACACUAAUAUAUGGUGGAGUUGCCAUGAACCCAAGGGAUCACCUUAGGCUGGUCUAUGAGGCGAAUCCUCUGAGUUUCCUUGCAGAGCAGGCAGGGGGCAGAGGCUCAGAUGGCAAGAGCAGGAUCCUCUCAAUUCAACCUGUGAAACUGCACCAGAGGCUGCCAUUGUUCCUGGGAAGCAUGGAGGACAUGGUCGAGUUGGAAAGCUAUGGUGAUGUCCAACAGAAGGUUAAUCCUGGAUAUGAGGUUUGAACAUAUGCUUUUAGAUAAUGAGGCCUGAAGAUAUGUUUUUAGAUAAUGCAAUCUGAAGACAUGUAGCAUAUGAAAAGAUAGCACAUGUACCUACGGAAGAUAUCUGUAUUUUCAAAACUGAUGUUUCUACUUGUCUGAUUUUCUGCCUUUUAUCACAUGUAUCAACCUAGGGAAGAACUCUGUUUUUGUAUUCGAAACUGGUAAUUUUGGUUGUACUUCUCCUGGUAAUAAAUGGAAGGGCAACAUGACCCCUGCAACUUUGGAAA